AAAAAAAAAUCCACAGAAGAAGAAGACGAAGAAGAAAAAGACAGCUGCUGCUUUACUAAAUUUCUAAAGUAUACCUAGUUGUUACAAACAUGGACAACUCUGGAAAAGAGAAGGAAGCCUCGGCUCUGAUUGCUGAGGCUGAAAAGAAACUGAAAUCGUCUCAGUCGUUUUUUGGGGCGUUGUUUGGAGGCUCAUCCAAGAUGGAGGAGGCCUGUGAUAUGUACGCCAGGGCUGCCAACAUGUACAAGAUGGCGAAGAACUGGUGUGCUGCAGGUAAUGCGUUCUCCCAGGCGGCCCGUCUCCACCUGCAGAUGCAGAGUAAACACGAUGCUGCUACUAACUUCAUAGACGCUGGAAACGCCUUCAAAAAAGCUGACCCGCAAGAGGCUAUCAACUGUCUGAACCGAGCCAUCGAGAUCUACACAGACAUGGGACGGUUCACCAUCGCAGCCAAACAUCACAUCUCCAUCGCAGAGAUCUACGAGACGGAGCUGGUGGACAUUGAUACGGCUAUAGCUCACUAUGAACAGGCGGCAGACUACUACAAAGGAGAAGAGUCCACAAGCUCUGCUAACAAGUGUCUUCUGAAGGUGGCCGUCUAUGCAGCUCAGCUGGAGCAGUACCAGAAGGCCAUAGAGAUCUAUGAACAGGUUGGGACCAAUGCGAUGGACAGCACACUGCUAAAGUACAGCGCUAAGGACUACUUCUUCAAGGCAGCUCUCUGCCACUUCUGUGUGGACAUGCUCAAUGCCAAACUGGCCUUACAGAAGUAUGAAGAAAUGUUCCCUGCCUUCUCAGAUUCUCGUGAAUGUAAACUGCUGAAGAAACUUCUAGAUGCGUGUGAAGAACAGAAUGUUGAUGUAUAUACUGAUGCAGUGAAGGAAUAUGACACUAUCUCUAGGUUGGACCAGUGGCUGACCACUAUGCUCCUCCGCAUCAAGAAGACUAUAGAGGAAGACGAGAGUGACCUGCGUUAAUGGUCUUGAUGUCACUAGACACCUAACCCCCCCCCCCCCCCCCCCCCCCUCCAGACCCCCUAUACCCAAACCUCAUCCACACCUAGGGCUGUUAAAGCGACCGUAUUACCACCUCCCCAGCAGUCACCAGUCAUGAUUGCAGUCAAAUUCCACAUGAGUCAAGGUAACUAGGCUUCUCCAAAACGGCGCUGUGUUGCCGCUGAUGGUAAUUGAUACUCAGCGCUCUAUUGUCCCUGUAAUCACUCAAUGCAAAUACAGCGGAGAAUCAAAUCAAACACUUCCUGAGAGCCCUGGCAGUCAGAGUUGAGCGGAAUAGGAUCACCUGAUCAACCAGCCAGCUCCUCAUAGCUGGUUGAUGCAUGGAGUUAAAUAUGUGCUCCUGGCGGGUCAACAUUUCUACAGCCUACACUAUGCAAUGGCCUCUAUUAAAAAGAGGAGGAUCCUAUCAGCUUUCUAUAGGCCUACUAUAUUUAUUUCUCAACUUUCCUAAUAUGAAGCACAUUGCUUUGCCUUACGACCAGAGUAGCCUACCUGGCUGUCAUGAAAAAUGAACCAUGGGAAAAGCGUCCUCCAUUUGCCAUUCAAGUGCAUACAGAUGACUUUAUUAAAAAAUAAAUAAUAAUAAUUGCUCGUUCAGACAGGUGCAUGAUAAUGGCCCAUUCUAAAUCAGAACUCAUUUCACACACAUUAUUUAGUAUUUGUAAAGACAAAAUUAAACGGAAAAUAGUCUGAUGGGUGAAAAUAUUGUCACUUGGGAAUGAUGCCAAAAUUAUUAUUAUUAUUAUAAUAAAAAUGAUUCAUUAAUAAUUAAUUUAUGGUGUAGGCUAUAUUAAACGGAUUUAUUAGACUUUUUAAAAUGGAGACAUUCCAAUAGAAGCACGACAACGAUGGCGUGUCGUCCCGGAGAUGCUUAACGUGUUUAUCUUCAUUAACGGUCAAUUUGGCGUGAGACCCGCAGUUAUUUGCAUGACAGUUACCAGUUGACAAAAUGUAAUGACCGUCACAGCUCUACCCCAGGGUUUCCCAAACUCGGUCCUCUGGACCACAAGGGGUGCAUGUUCGGGGUUUUGCCCUACCACUACACAGCUGAUUU